GUCCCUUUGCCUCCGUCGCCCUCGAUUGCGGUGAUCGGGACAACCCAUUUGACCACCGCUCUGGGCUACUCGGUUUACACGACUGUUAUGCUGCAUAUGGGAAAACACAAGUGUCACAUCAAUCCGAACAUCAGUAAACACUUGAAUAAAUGCGCCACAGUUAUUGAUGUCGAGUCAAUUACGGGUAAAACGGCAUACUGUCGCUGCUGGCGAUCUGCCAAGUUUCCUCUGUGCGAUGGGGCUCACAACAAACACAACGAAGAAACCGGUGACAACAUUGGGCCACUGGUGAUUGAACCGAAGAAAACGGCCUAA